AUGCAGGCGUUCGUCCCGAAGAAUAGGAGGCCCAGGUUCGAGUUUGUUUUAAGGAUAAUCGACCUCAACAACAUCCCCCUCGUCAGCGGCACGGCCUUCGUCAAAUGGCGCCUCCCGUCCUCCAGCGCAGCAGAACACAACGGCUACACCGAUAAAGCAGUCAUCAUAGACCACCGCGCGCAGUGGUACUACGAGAAAUCCCUCCAAGUCCGACUUACGAUCGACCGAAACCAGACACUCCAGGAAUGCGAGGUACAUUUCGAGAUCGCUCAGGACUUUGCGUCGGGGGGUCAUGGGGAUCGGAAUAUACUAGGACGCAUCCGGCUGAAUCUGUCCGAGUAUGUGGAUAAGAGUGAUGAUGAGGAGGGGAUUGUGAGGAGGUAUCUUAUGCAGGACAGUAAGAUUAAUAGUACGUUGAGGGUGGGGAUAUGUAUGAGGCAGACGGAGGGGGAUAGGAACUUUAUUACGCCACCUCUGAGAUCUGCCAUGGUGUUUGGUGGAAUCGCAGGCGUGGUGUCCUCUGAACAAGGCGACCCCGAUGACCCCGUUAGCGGCGGACCCAUUCCAUCCCUCAGCGCGAAGAGCAGCGAGGUCUCCGACAUGCAAGAUCUCUACCGCCGCACGCUCGCAGCAUCCUGGAACUCCCGAUCAACCGACCUCCCCGCCGAUAAACUAAUUGAAGACCUAUUUUCCGGAGGCUCCGGCUACAACAAUGGAAACCAGAACCAGCGCCAGAGUCGGCUAGACGAUAGCCUGAAUGUCGCUAGUGCGGAGAAUGGCGCAAAUCAGCGCGAGUCUCCGUCCGGGAAUCAUUUAUCGCCUAGUUUUGAACGACGGCCGAAGAGCUCUUCCAGCAAUGAGGUCAAGGCACCGGAGCUGCUUUCUGCUAUUGGCAAUAUGGGCAAUUGGCAUGGGCAUGGGAGGAGAGGCGGGAGCAUUGAGCAGCAGAUCUUUGAUAAUCCCAAGGCGAAGGGAUUGAGAAGUCGGGCGAGUGAGCAGGAGGUGUCGGAGUUUGAUCCAUUAUCCCUCGUCACCCGCCGCUACGACCUCUUCCUCCGAUCCAAAUCCACCACCUCGAACAAUGGCGACGACAAACCCCGACGCCGCCGCCAACCCAAACCAAAAGCCCAACAUGUCCCCAUAAACGUUACCUUCCUCGGCGAACAAGGUGGUGUCGUGGUCGUUCCCGAGACGAAAAAGCGCCAGAAAAAGCCAGCGCUGGAUAUCGGCCCCGACAGAUUGAGCGAGAAGGGCGAUGUACCGUUUUUGCUCCAGGAAAUUGAAGACGAGACUGUGGAAUUGACGGGAGAGAUCGUGAACGAACGGGUUGAGAGUCUUCUUGCGCCGCAUUCGGCGGGCGAUAAACUCGACGCGGUUGAGUUCGAAAAGCUGAGGUGGAAGGUCCAGGCGUCGUUUACGGGGUAUCAGUUGGGUGAUUAUGUAUCGGAGCAUAAGCGGAAUGCGGAGGAGUUCUAUGGAUCUGGGGAGGGGAGUGGUUCGCGGGAGCUGGAGUGGAGGCCCGGGACGCCUGGGUUUCUGGAGACAGGGCCUGUUGGGCAGGGUGGUGUUACUGAGCGGAUUACGGCGACGAAGAAGUCGCUGAAGGGCAAACAUUUGCUUGCUGAGCGGAUAUUGCGGGAUUGUUGGGAGUUGGAGGUUGUUGGGGAGGCCGGGCAGGUGGAUAUCCGGUUAUCUGCGACGACGUUGUCGUUAUUGAAGAACUCGGAGAUCUUUUCGUUUGAAGAGGUGGCCAGUCUUAACGAUGCGAAGAUUGAUAUUACGAAUUCGCUGGGGUUGGUGAGGAUUACGGGGAGUCGGGUUGCGUGCGAGACUAUUCGGGAUAUCAUUCAGGAUACCAGUUUGCGGAUACGUGAGGAGGAGGUUGAACUGUUCCCGCGGGUCGGUAACCGGUUUGAUGGGAGUCGCACGUUCCAUUUGGACUUUCUGGAUUGGGUCAGUAGGGCCUACGGCAUUGCGUUCGAGGGCGUGACUCGAGAAGGUCCGAAGAAGAUUCUUUAUCUCGCAGAGAACAGAAAGGGUAUGGAGAAUGCCCGGAGGACGUUGAAUCUUGCGCUUUACAGCACGAAUCCGGAUCCGUUACCUUUUACGAGUUAUUUCUCUGCUAUGGAGCCUGCCGAGGCUUACGAUUUUAGUCUCGAGAAUGAUGGGAAUUGGUUUGAGCGGCAGAAGGCUUGGUUUCGGUGGGCUACGCCGUCGACGCAGACGGCUGGGCCGAGUCCGUUAGAUAUGCCGUUGUUUGAGCAGCAUCAGACGAGGUUAUCGGAUGGGCUUCUCAAGAUUUUGCGGAAGCCCUCGCCUAAGUACCAGCUGAGCAAGAAGGUUGACGUGCACGAGAGUGUAACGGCGGCGGUUGGAAGGUGUUUGUUCCUGUGCAAACCUACUAUGAGCCGUGAACCUGUCGAUGCGACAACACUAAGCAAGCUGUCUCUUCCUCGCUCGUUUACAACAGACCUCCCCCGAGUGCCUUCAUUCCUGCGCCAAUUACGAAACCAUGAAAACAGUGACAAGCAGCAACUUCGCCGCGUUCUGCUAGUUCCGUCAGCUCUCCACGCAAAUGUCUUCCCACAACUCGACUUAGAAGUUUCUCUACUGGAAAACCCCGACUCCGAAGAGAAACCAGAACUCGUAGUGCAAAAUGCAAAGGCCAUCAUCUCCCAGAACAACGUCGACUACCUUCUCCCAGAAAACGGUUUGGACCUCCGCUUUACCAGAAAGAUGUACUGCGAUCUACCAGAGCAAUCGUGGCAGGAGAGCGCGGAAACCCUCAAGACCUCUCUCCGCAACAACUUCAUCCAGACCAGACCAAACGACAGCGGUGACGUUGCACUGCCGACAUUCUUCCAGCUCUCUCUGCCCAAAGAAAUCCUCAACGAGAAGAACCUCUCUGGUUCAGAAAAAGACUUCGUCACCGCAGAGUACAUGAGUCUACCCCUCGUAGACCGCCGCGGGACAUAUCUCCAGCGCUAUAACUACGAAGACAAACGGCUCAACUACAGUUACUACGAGAGCGGGCCGUUUUACCCCUCUCGCGCGACGGACUUGUUCUUGGAUAUGGAUCUUCCUCCUGAUGCCAAGGUUUCUGAAAAGGAGGGUGAACUGGACGAGCUGCUGCAGACGUUUAAUUCGUUCUAUGGCUCGGCUUGUAAGUUGGCGUUUGAGUUGGAUACGGCUAGACGGGCGGAACCUUAG